UGCGACUAAGCCUAACGCUCGCAGGGCAAGCAGCUUGGAAACAGGCGGCUAACCAUUAUUAACUAGUUACUAGGAGUGCCUGUAUUGUUCAGGUACGGCUUGAUUCUCCCAGGGAAGCCCAUAAGACCCGUUGCAGUAUCUAGUUUCUUCUGUUGUCUCAGAGUGUUCCAAGCGUAGCAGGUCAGUCAGUAGCCGUAGCAGGUUCUCCUCUACAAAGCAAUCAAGCUCUAGACAACCGUGUCUCCAUCGUCUUGCAUCCCUGUCUCUGCCUACAUCAAUCCCAUCUCCUCUUGUUUAUACGGGCUGUGUCCAUCAUGUGACGCUACCAGGGGAAAAUAAGGGUCGUGGUCUUGGCGCCCGUGUUAUGAUGUUAUGCAACUUCAACUUCGCUGGAAGCUCUAAACACCAAAUAACGACCCUCAUCACCUCCUCAUCGCCUGCAGAGAACUCUGGUUAUACAGAUAUAGUCAGAGUAGAGCCGUAUAGUGUACGCAGUGUCCUAUAUUCACCGACCGAUACAGCAAAACAACUCUAGCAGCCCGGCUCUGCGUGGUGUUCCCUGACGGCGCCCUCCCGCUCUUCGACCGACUUCCUGGCAACCCGAGCUUGCCUUUUGCUGUCAUACAUACUACCCUGCAGCCAUGGCGUCCCGCAAGAAGGUUCUAUUGAAGGUGGGCUACGUGCCAUAGAUAUAAAGACGGUCUCUCUGUCUGAUGGAAGAUGGGUCACUGAUGCUUUUCUUCUUCAAAUACAGGUUAUCAUCCUUGGUGAUAGCGGUGUGGGCAAGACGAGCUUGAUGAACCAAUAUGUUAGUGGCUCUUCCAUUCUAUACCGAGUUAUACUGCUCCUUGGGAGAAUCGCGAUGCUAAUAUUUUUUCCUUGAUGGCUAGGUCAACAAGAAAUACAGUGCUAGCUACAAAGCCACCAUCGGAGCUGACUAUCUUACCAAGGAAGUCAUGGUAGAUGGACGACUGGUCACGAUGCAGGUACAUAUUGAGCUUUACACCAAGCGUCACUUGGGUAUACAACAUACUAAAUGUUUCUUCCAGAUAUGGGAUACUGCGGGGCAAGAGAGAUUCCAGUCGCUGGGAGUUGCCUUCUACCGAGGUGCCGAUUGCUGUGUCCUUGUAUACGACGUCAAUAACUCAAAGAGUUUCGAGACCUUGGAUAGUUGGAGAGAUGAGUUCCUAAUUCAAGCCAACUUGAGAGAUCCCGAAAGCUUCCCCUUUGUUGUACUCGGAAACAAGAUUGAUGUCGAAGAGAGCAAAAGAAUGAUAUCCUCGAAGAGAGCCUCUACAUACUGUCAGUCGAAGGGCAACAUCCCCUACUUUGAGACCAGUGCUAAGGAGGCUAUUAAUGUAGAGCAAGCGUUCGAAGGUCUGUCUUUUUAACACCUCAUUAACAUCUUUAAAGCGAUAUACUAAUAUGUGUAUGAAUAACAGUGAUUGCUAAGAGUGCUCUCAUGCAAGAAGAGUCCGAGGAGUUCAAUGGGGACUUCGAUGAUGUGAUCAACGUCAACCACGACAGUGAUCGAGAUGCCUGUGCCUGUUAAUGACAAUCUCAACUGAUCCUCUUAGAACCCCCUCCUUCACUUAAUUAUCAUGUUUCGGCGUUUACAUCCCCCUCUGUUUAAUAUCGCAACCUUUUGCCCUCUCGUCUGGGAUAUAGGAUAUUGACCGUUGCAUAUUAUCGUUUCCUUGCCGAAUUUUCACUUUGCCAGAGUCACCAU